AUGCCGCCGACACCCUCACAGCGCCGUACCUUGACCGAAGAGAAUCCGUCGCUCUCCGAUGAUGAUGUUGGUUUCCUGUACCAAGUCAUCAGCCGCGCUGAGGGCAAGCCCGAAGCUGACCGGCUACCUUUUCGCGCUCUUUUCGCAGCAUACGACGAGGUCAUCAGUGAGCAUGGCGUCGAUGCAGAUCCCGGUCAUGCGUGUCUGCGGUUUCUCUUUCGAAUGGGGGGCAAGGAUGUUGAGGGGUCCACAUUGUUCGAGAAAUUUGAAAGUACGCUUCAUCACAUGGGCAUCCUGAUUGAAUUUGGAGAGGACGACUCUACAGGACAAAGAGACACAACGAACAUAAGUGUUGCUCAGCCCGAGAAUGAAACCAGAAGACCAAGGCAGGGCCAGCAUCAUCUGCCUAAUGAGACACCCAUCACUCCGAAGCGGCGUGCAUCAUUCAAUACUACCCUCGACAUUGGUGAGGAUGCCACUCAGAAGAGUCUGGCUGAGCGACCAAGCUCACGAGCAUCCCUGUCUCGUCUCCAGACUGGAAAGUCCGAGUUCUUGACCACGACUGCCUCCCCGGGACACAAAGCACAGAAACAACGUCCAAGAAGCCCAGAUCGCACGCAUCUCAUCGCACAAUUCCUGGAUGUGGGCCGGCGGCUAAUUAGUCGAUUCGAUUCUGCACAACAAGCGAGUAACACUCAAGAGGCAGAGAAGCCCAUCUUGAUGAAUGGCGCAGCUACUCGCUCUGCGGUUCAAACCGAUCGGUCCAAGAGACAGAACGCAGCACUCAAACCUCGUCGCUCACUUUCAAUCAGCUCACUGGCGAUGUCCGAGUCCGGAGACUCAAUGUCUGGAACGUCGCAGGCGACGGGACAUGAGUCCAUUGGAAAGGUGAACGUCCCUCCUGACAUGCUGUACCGACCACAGCUUUCGGACUUGCUUCGAGAUGCCUCCACAUUCAAUAUGUAUCGACAGAGGGCAAACUGUCGCCGAAUUCUAACGCAGUGGCUGAAGCGUGCAUUCCAGGCGCGACAGCUGCGCGAGUCUAGAGAAGUCAUUGCCAUAAGUCGCGAUCGCAACACUCUGCUACGGCAAGCCUUUGAGCCUUGGCGCGCGAUAAUCCAGAAAAAGCGUCAUACGGUCAGGACAGAACGAUUUUUUAAACAUCUAGAGGAGCGUGCGUGCCGAGCUCGUGAUCUCUAUCUGUUGACUAAGUCCUUCACUCACUGGGCUCAGUUGGCCUCUGAGGAAGUCGCACGAACUUCUGCCGCUCGAAGACAUGUGCUGAGUGUAAAGUACUUCAAUGCUUGGCGAGAGAUUACUGCUGUCAAUGAGCUCAAGGCUCACCGAUUCGCUUUGAAGAGACCCUUCGGCCAAUGGCGAAAAAAGGCAGCCAUACUGAGGAAUGCUGAAGCCGAUGCGAUCACUAGGCAUAACAAUCGUUUACUACGCGUCACUUAUUGGCAGUGGUUCUGGGGCUUCUGUGACCGACGCGCUCCUGAAUGGUACGACAGUCAACUCAAGAGACGGUCCUUGCUAUAUUGGCUUCGCAACUUCCGCACCAACCGUGAGCGUGAACAGGAGGUUGUGAUUCGUAAGAAGAAAGAGAAUCAGUCCAGCGUGUUGAAUGUUUGGUCCCGAAAAUUAUGGAUCAUCAACUCGACAGCAGAAACAGCUUCUGAGUCCUAUAAUCACCGCGCCGUACGUCGAGUGUUUGACGAAUGGAAAGUACAGUCCAGGCUAGCCCCGGCCGCUUCUCACAUACGUGAAGGGGUGGACAGCCGAAUCUUGCGCACCGCUCUCGGUAAGUGGAUUGCAAAGGCUCGUCUGACCCAGGCAGCGGUCGAUAUGAAUCGAACUCGGAUAGAAAAGAACGCGUGGGUGUCCUGGAAUGACACACUCCGAUGUCUAGCUCUCCAGGCUCGCAUCAAUGAGCGGUUGAGAAUGGAGACAAUGUACAAAUGGAUCUUAAUGGAAAGGUUUCAGUUGAUGCGCCGUAUACGGGAGCAGCGUAUCAAGCGAGAGGUUUUAUCUCACUUUGUCACCAACACCCGAAAAACUUACUCCCAACUGCUGUUCAAAGCCGAAAAGCAUGAAGAUCAUUGGGUCCAAGAACUCAAGCGAUCCAAAUUUGCUCUCUGGCGGGAUCAACUUGCGCUUCAGAGGCAGCGAGAGUAUACUGCUUUUGAAUUCUACGCCCCGCGUCUAGUUGAGGAAUCUUUGAUGGCUUGGAGAUCCAAGCGCCAGCAAAUCGAAAAGAUGGAGACAUGGGCACGCGAUGCUGAGUACUACUUCCUCACGAAGCGCUUUUUGAAGACCUGGCGUCAAGCAACGUUGGACUCCGCAAAGCGACGGCGUAAGGAUGCCUACUCGAAGAUGCGGCGCAAAGUCAAGAUCAACAUGGCCUCCAGGGUUCUUGCCGUGUGGGCCUCCAAAACCCAGGUGGUAACAGACAUGCAGCAACACUCCGUUGAGCUUGAGCGCCAGAGAACGCUGAGCAAUGCAGUUGAAAUUUUCAGUGACUGGCACGCAAGGACCCUCAGACGGGUUCAAGAUUAUCAGGAAGCUGAUUUACGCUACUUCCGUCACAUCGCUUACGAUCACCUGCUCCGAAUGUCUGAGGCCUACGUCGCUCGCCGUGAGUUGGAGGAUCAAGCGGACUCUGUGUAUCGCAGACAUGUUCUUUCUCAAGCCGGGGCCUCGCUUCGCAAGCUCAGUCUCCGUCUCUUCCAGAUCGGCAGCACUGUCGAGACCGCCGAAGCCAUGCGUGAGAGAACUGCACGAAAGCAUUCCAGAAACUUCUUUCGCCAUUGGUUGGAAAGUGCACGGCUGAAGCUUGAAGCGCGCGACUCGUUCGAACCAGCGGUAGCAUCCACGCCGCACUUGAAGUUUGGAGAAGUAGAGCGUCCCCGAUCUGCUCUUUUUGACCCCUGGUUCCAGAGCGGAUCCGAAACGCCUUUUAAAAUGACCGACUUUACUUCAAACUCUGUUGAUCAGAUUGGGGCAAGCCCCUUGGCCACCCCAAAUUAUAUGACCUCUCCUUCCAAACGAGCCGCUCGCGCGAGCACUUGCACAGAUGACCACGACGCCUGCCACGCCCUUGCAUACCCCUUUCGCCAGUCGCCUCCUUCGUGCGGAAGCCAUGGCACCCCGCUCGGCUUCGUCACGUCGCUCACAGCAAAGUCGCCGGGCCAUGACGGGCACCAGUGUUCGCUUUGUUGA